AUGCAACGGCUAGCUUUUGUGUCAGUUUUUGCACUUGUAUGCCAUUACGGUGUGACAAUAAACUAUUCGCCAUACGACUAUUGCGACAAAAAUUACUGUCCCACGGGCAAACGCAAUAUUGGCUGUGGAUGCAAAUUCAACGAAUCGUACGGGCCUGAAUGCAGUGGCAAAAGUGCCACACUGCACAAGUUCUCCAAGAAGGAUGCACAGUUUAUACUGCACAUACACAAUCAUCUGAGACAUUUGUUCGCUUGCGGUUUUAUAAACUACUUUCUCCCAGCUGUUCGAAUGGUUCAAUUGCGAGUCGACAAAGAUUUGCAAAUAUUGGCAGAGUGUAAUGUAAAAAGAUGCUAUUAUGGACACGAUCAAUGCCGUAGCACGGAACAUUAUCACUACGCCGGUCAAAAUAUAGCCAAACGCACGGUCUGCGGACGAACGCUUUCAGUUACCGAGGUAGUCAACAGUUCAGUGUAUGCCUGGUUUGACGAGUACUGGGACACAAAGAAUGAUAUGCUGUACAAUUAUCCUAAUUUCACCCUCCGUAAACCAAUCGGACACUUUACUCUGUUGGUAAACGAUAAUGUGUAUUUCAUCGGUUGUGCGAUGAUUUCCUACACCGUUCGUUUAAUGGACUAUUUUACCGAAACUGGUGAGGAUUGCAGAGCGUAUUAUUUUGUCUGCAAUUAUUCCUUCAUCAAUCUAAAGAACAGGGCAACAUAUACUUCAGGAAAAAAGGCAGCUACCAUGUGUCAGUCACACCAUAGUAAACAGUACCCUUGUUUGUGCAGCGUUCAUGAGCCUUACUCAACGUCCAUCGAUUGGAAGGACCUGGUUCUUUGA